AUGGUUCCGCCGAAGAAGACCCCUGCUAACCGUGGCAAGCACCCUGCAGUUAUGGUGCCCGAUAAUGAAACCUAUGAGCAUGAAGAUGACGCUCUCGAUCCGAAGACCCCGACCCCUGAUCCUCUAAGACUAGUUAACACCGAUGAAGAUAACGAAGACGAUGACGGAGGUGAAGGACCCUCUAUGCGCGAAAGAUUGCAGAAGACCCCGAGUCGUGAACGUUUCCAUGAACUCGCAAACUAA